AUAGCCACACUGGCAUGGGCCGUUUUGCAGUGCUGCCACCUGUUAUGAUGGUUUUUUUCCUAACCGGGACCCGGGUCCAUUUUGCGUGCGUGCAACACCAGUCAACGUGACGUGAUUAUAUUUUUCAUUACCGUGCUUAUAUGCGUAAUGUAUUUUUGAAAAUAUUCCAACGUAAAAAAAAAACCAAAUAUUUUGCGGUGUUUGUGACACAUUUAUCGUCGUACAGCGUAGUGUACGAACUUCGGAGGUGACGUUGGAAUACCUACGGACCGAUUUAAUAGCAACAACGUUUACCAGGGUGAGAUAUGUAUAUUAUUAUUCUAUAUUAUCGUUUUUAGGCGGUUUCCAACCAUUUCCCAAAUCUCGGUUUCCUAAAUUUCCUCCUACUUGUUAAUUGUAUGGCUGGUUUUAGUAAAAAUUUCUGUCAUCGUUGGCCUCGAAUAAAUACGUAAAAUUAAAAUAUCAAUUCACGAUAUUAUUUACUACACUGUUUGAACUAGACGAUGAUAAGUUAAUAAUAUUAUAGGUUAUAAUCUAAUAAUUUUAUUAUCAAAGAUAAGUAAAUACUAAAUAAUAAUAUGGGCUGACUACAGUUUGAUUAUUUAACUGUCUGGCAUUACAUUUUGUUUUAAUUUUGAAUAAUAUUCUAUGUAUUUUACCUUAUAAUGAUUUAAUGUGUAAAUUAUAUGAAUAUUGUUUGUUAUAAUAUACCUACAUCAGAGUUAAUUUGUUUUUAAAUUUAUAUUUACCAUAGGUAUUUUUUCUAUUUUCUAAUUAUUUUAGUGAUGGGCACCUACUAUAAUAUAUUGUUAACAUUUUUUAAUUGGGAUCAAUUAAAUAGUAGAUAUUAGGUAAUCAAUCUUUUAAUAGACAUCUAAUCAUUUAAAUUGUUUGAAAAUAAAUAAAUGGACAUAUUUUUUAAAGUAUACUUUUUAAGUACCUAUAUUCAGUUUACUGUUAGUCUCAUAUUGCACAUUUAAUAUUAUAUUAUUUUAAUAACUCAACAUAUUUUUAUUUAUAACAGGUUUUUAUGGUUGAUAGUUUAUCAUUAUUAUAUACGUACAAUAACAAUUCAAGAUGCCAAAAUCUGUAAGUUAUUUUAUAAUAUUUAUUAUUAUUAUUAUAGUAAAAGUAGAACUAUAGAUCAAUGAUUAAGUAGUUAAAAUCUGCUUUAUAAAUUAUAGUUUUUUUAUUCAUGGCUAUAAUAUAUGUAUUGUAGUACCACUUAUUAUUAACUACAUUAUAUUUGUGUGUAUUUCUAUAUUAUUUUUUUUACUCAUAAUUUAAUUUUCUUAAACAUGCUUAAUAUUUAUUUAGUAAAGAUGUUUUCAGAGGUAUUAUGUUUAAAAUUAAUUUUUUAUUUUUAGGAUGUAUUUUUCUAGUUAAUAUUUGAAAUAUAUAGUAUUAUAUUUGUGUUGGACAAAGUAAUUAUUAAGCAGUUACUUUUUAAGAUGUCUAUAAAAAAACAUUUUAAGGCCCCCUCUAUGUUGGCAACAGUUAAUGUAUAACCAUCUGGUGAACUGUGAUUGUGUCAUUUAUAUUUUUGUGAUUUACCCUGUCUUGUCACUUUCACAAUACAGUAACUUAUUAGUUACUGGAUAUAGCACAUUAAACCAUAGUUAAAUUUUAUUUUUAAACUUAUAAUUCAAAUAUUGAAAUAUAUUGCAUAUGCUUUAGUUUAUUUUUUAAGCUGUACUAACUAGAUCUAUGCUACGUUUUAUUAUGUGCAUCUAAUUAAUUUAGUUUACUAUUAUUUGGUUGUAAAGACAACCAAAAUCUAUUCUCUUGAUUUGUUUUCAUGUUAAUAUUUUUCUAUUACAAAACCAUCCAUUUUAGUUUAUGAGUUGUUCCUGUCAUGCACAGAUAUAUCUAUAAGUUUAAAGGCUAAAUUUUUGUGUAGCUUAAAAGUUUUUAUAUUAAAUAUUUUUACCAUUUUACCUCAUUUUCAUUUUUCUUAUAGUUUGAAAUUGGAGUUAAAUAAUAAAAUAUUCUCCUUUUUAAAUUUUGUUAUUUCUGUUUUAACACAAAUUUCAAUCCAAACUUCACAAUUCAUUUAUGUUUAAGUAUCAUAAUUUUGCUAUAUUAAAUGCAAACUUGAGCACUAACUAUUAGAAAGUUAGAACUUUAGAAGUAACAUUUAACUUAACUAAUCACAUUGCUAAAAUGAUACAAAUGCAUAAAUACACAGAAACCUAUAGCAGGAUAAAAUGUAAGAUUGCAUUAUCAGAGGCCUUUAAGAUUGAAAAUUGACUGCCAAGAGUAAUCUAUGUCAUAGUAUGUUGGUAAUACAGCGGUCCCAAAGUACGUGCCACUACAGUCGUGGAUCGACUCCCCUUGGUGUCUGUACAGGGGCGCCACGCAAUAAUUUUGAAUAUUUACUGGUUUAAAAAUAAAUUAAACCAGCGUCCCUUUUUUUUUUCUCAAACAUCACUUUUUCAGUUGGUAAAAAUGAAGAUAUAGAUGCCCAGUAGUACUUCAUUUAAAAUAAAAAAUGUCUAGAUUCUUAAUACUUUUUCUCUAAAAUAAAAAAAAAAAAUAACUGGCAAUAAUUGUUGAUACCUACAUAGAUAUCGGUUUUAUUUACCUUGGUUACCUUUAACUAUACACGGGAUAAAUACCGUGAUUAAUAUUACUUCGAUUAGAAUAGGUUUUUGAUUGAAAUAAAUUUCAAGGGCACUCUAAGAAAACGUUAAUUCAAAAAGGAAGCCAUAAGCCAAAAUGUUUGAGAACCAUCAGAAUGCAUUCUUUGUAUAUAAAAUUAAAAAUUAUUCUUGUUGUACAAAUGAUCCUAUGUCAUUAUUUUAAAUUGUUUAAUUGUGUACAUUUUAUAUAUUUUAAAUUCAAAUUAUAAAUAUGUACAAUGAACCUUAUAAGUAAUGAUCUCAUUGUUUUUUAAACUCCCGGAAAUAACUGAUAAUAAUUAUCAAAUUCUCUAAAAACAUUGUAAUUUGAUUUUUAAGCCAAGUGAUAACAUAAAUAAUACUUAUUUACACGAAUAUUGUGAUGGUAUUCUUUUUAUGCAUAAAUAAAUUAGCCCUGGGUUUAAAGUCUGUAAUGUACAAAGUGAUCCAUUUAUCUAGCAUGAACUAGCAAUUUUCUCAGAGGUCUAAGUAAAUUUAAUUUCUGGUUUUUUUUUUUUUUUUAUAUAAAAUCAUAUUAUGGACUAAUUAUUUUAAUAUUAUUUUUAAUUUUACACUUUCAAUGAGUUUACUUUAAGGAUUGUCAAAUAAGAACCUCCCUUUAAUAAAUAUAUUCAAAAUUAUAAUAUUUUUCUAAAUAUGUAGAUAUUUAUAACACUAAUAAGUAAUCAUGAAUUUACAGUUUUAGAAUUUGAAAUUUAAACUGUAGGAUUAAGGAAUGGUAAUAAACUUCAUAUUCAUUUGUUAACGAUAAACUGAUAACCAUUUCCUACAACUCCAGUCUUAUCUUAUUAACGGUUAUAACUCAUAAGCUAUAAUUCUGAUAUAAAUGGUAUAAGUCAUAGUAACCGUUUUAGACAAAUAUUUUCUAUUCAAAUGUGAAUUUAAAAAUCGAAAGUGUAGGGUUACACAAUUGGAAUUUGCGUUAAAUUUAAAUAAAUCCAUAAUUAUUGAAAAAAAAAAAAAAAAACGAAAUCAAUUUCACUUAAAAUUCUCCUAAAUAAUCUAUCUUUAUGUUCAUGAUAAAUGGAUCACUCUGUAUAGUCCAACAACCCACAUAUUUGGUAUUAUAUAUUAGACGUGAUUAUAAUACAAUUUAUAAAGGCCUACUCAAUUUACAUUUUAAACAAUGGUUUUUUUUUAUAGUAACCACAAUAAUAUGUCAUUCUAUAUAACUUACUCGGGUACAACAAUCAGCUGAUAUCUUCUUGCAUCCUAUGAUUUCCUUGUCUAAUUUACCACAUAGUUAUUGGUAUAGAUUUCAUACAUUGUCUACACAGGAGAUCUUGAUUUAUUCAAUAUACUUAUGGUUAUGCUUAUGAAUUAUAUAAAAAUAUAUCAAUAUUAUUUUAUUUUUUUAUUUAUUUAUUAAUGCCAAUGGCAAUGUUACAUGGUUAGUAUACAAGUAACACAAGUUUAGUGUAGAUCAGUGGUGACCAAUCUUUUUUUACAGAGGGUCAUACAAAAUAAUAAUAAUUCUUGACAGGCCAUUUAUGUUUGAAUUAAGUUAUAAAUUAUUCUGUAAACUGGACCCUGUUAUCUAAUAAACUGUACUCUGUUUUUAAAUAAAUAAAUAAUGUAAAACUAAAUACUCUUAUGUAAAACUGAAGUAUAAAUAGAUAGUUAUAAGAUAAUUGAACUUUUAAAUUAUUUUAAUUUUUUUUUGAUAAUUUGUAGCUUUAAAAAUAAUAAGUAUAUAUAAUGUAGAGAACUAUUUAAUUAAUAGGGAGCUAAAAUAAAUUAAGUUAUUUUUUAGGUUAUUUGAAGACUGACAAAAUAACAAGUUAAUGAUAAUGAAUCAUCUGCAGUCUCAAUCCUGCCUUUCUUCCUGAAUAUUUUUAUUUCAUUUACUUAUUGUAAUAUUAAAAUUAUAGAUUAUAAGUAUAUUAUAAUAAUAAAGAAGUGAAUUGCUUAGUACAAUUAUUAUUUUAUUAAUUUGUUUCUAUUACUGGACUUUUGAUUUACAUACCUAGUAGGUAGUAUUGUUGUAAAAUUAUUAUUAUUAUGAUGAUGAGUAUUUUACAUAUUUCAAUGUGUAUCCAAUAUGCAUUCAAUAUUAAUUGAGUAUUAUAUGAAUUGUAAUUAUCUAUAUUAUCAGUCAUUAAUAAUACUACAUACAUUAUUUUUAUUUUUUAAUUGAUCACAAGAUAUGUGAUACAAAGAUUCCCCAGAUGUGUUUGGUAUUUAGUAAUUUAUAUUUUUGAGUUAAAAGCUUAAAAAAAAUUGUAUUCAUAUAAAUAAUCACUGGUUAUUUCAAGGAACUGUUAAGAGUAUUAACAAAUAUCCCAAUUGAUGCUUAUCACUUCUCUUCAAUUAAAAAUAUCAAGAAUAGUGUAUCAUAAAUAGUUUGGAUGUUUAAUUAAAAAUAUGACUCAUACAAGUCAUAAGUUAUCAUAAAAGUUUUCUUGUUUUUUUUUUUUUUAAGUUAUUUUCCUACUAGCCCUUUUUUUAUAUAAAAUUAUAUAGUUAAAAAUGUAUUUAAAGUUGUAUUAAAUGUAUUAAAAUACUGGUGGAAAUUUAAAAAAUGUACAUAUUAAGUCUUGUUUACCUUGACUUUUUGACAAUGAUAAAUAUAUUUAUUUAUCAGUUAUAUCAAUUUAAGUUAAAAAAUUCCCAAUUUACUUAAAUUAGUUUACUUUAUAGGAGGAGAGGGGCAUAGAAUUAGAAAUUGGCCAAAUGUUGUGAACUUCAAACAUAAAAUAGAUCAUUUGCAGAACAUUAAAAAUAAUCUGGAGUAGAUUUAAAAAUUAAAAAGGUUUAAGCCAAUAGGUUGGAAAAUUUGCUAUACAAUAAAGUCUUUAUCUUGAAUUUUUUGAUUUGUCACCUUUUUGUAUAAUAUUAUUAAAAUUACAUUAUAGUCAAAAUAAUGUAACAUGGAAUUUUUAGAAAAAAACAAAUUGUGCGACUUAAUGAAUUACUUAAUGGUUUUAAUUGAAUUGCUUAUAUUGAUAUGAAAAAAAAUAUUAGUAUAAAAUACCUGUUAAUUAGUUGAUAUCUCGGUACUAAGAAUGAGUUUUCUUUUGAGAUAACAUGCAAUAUUUUAUGAGUACUACAUAGUUUCUAAGGCAUACAUUUUUCAUAUCUUAAUUUUUACUUAUGUAUAAGACUAUUAUUUAAACAUGUGCAUUUAUUGUUUUAUUCCCCUAAAUAUUCCAUAUUUAUUGCCUAUGUAUAUAAAGACUAAUAGGUACAUAUUUUAAUAAAAUAUCUAGUAUAUAUUCAUAUUUUCCAGCUAAGAGAAUUUUCUUAUAGUAUUGUAUGAUUUAAUAAUUUUUGCAACAUUACCUAAGUAUUAAAAUUAUUUUUGUUUAACUAUCAGCAAUUUUUUUUUUUUUUUUUAGUAAAAAAAUAUCCAAGUUAAGCCAUACAUAAACUAAUAAAAACAUUACAUACCUAUAUUAUGUUUCUAUUAGAUAUCAUUGACUUGAGCACAUACAUAUUGUAAUUUACCACUUAUACCUGAAGUAUGAUAGUUUACUUCUCAUAAAUAUUCCAAGUUUUUUUCAUGAGGGUAACCUUUAACGCUUUACUAAAUGUACCUGGCUUUUUUAUUUUUACAAAUUAGUUAAAAUAUAAUCUCUCCCGCUGGAUCAAAUAUAUAUUAAAUAUUAAUACAACAAUAUCAUAUAAAAAAUGUAUAUAAAAUAUUUCGCGUAGAGAGAGAGAGAGAGAGAGAGAGAGAGAGAGAGAGAGUGAGGGAGGGAGUGAGGGAGAGAGAGUGAGCGAGCGUUGGUUGGGGAUUAUCCAAUUAUAUAAAUGGAUCGUCACGUCCCGCCUUAUCUAUGACGUAAACUUGUGAUUAUGAAUGGCUCGGUAAAAAAAAUUCCAAGUAUUUCAAUCGUUAAUGGCAAUGGAAGCAAAAAAAAAAAAUGUUUGAGUUUAAACUAUCAUUGCAAGGUGUUCGUAAAGUUUUUCCGUAUUGAUAUCGACGGACGACACGAUCUGUCGCCCCUGAGCAGCGCCUUGGCUCGAAACCAGGUGGCAGUGUAGUGCAGCGCAACACACUACAAGGCGCUUCACAACCGGUUUCUGAUAAUAUUUUUUUGUUCCCCUCUUUACUGCUGUUAACUUGGCCACGCCUUGUUCUCUAACGUCUGAAUCGUUGCCGCUUCUUAAGUAACUCGGUCUUUUAGCUGGCUGCCGAUCGUAGUAACUCGUACCUGUUAAAACGUUCAAUCGCACUUACGUCCAGUGUUCUUCGUCAAUUCUGCCGCCGCCGCCAUAAUCGUGGACACAUUUUAUUCUCUAUUCGAAAACCGUUUUUAUCGCCAGCCAACAGGUGGUGUACGAGUUCUGUUAUUCGUAUAGUGCGUGCGUUUGCCGUCCGUUUACUAAUCUUAUUUUUACAUUGUGUUGAGUUUUUGUGCUGGGCGUUUUGGAACGAUUACCGCAAAAUGGUCUCCGGAAAAACCGUAAGUCCUUGGGUUACAGAACGUAUGUCUCUCAUUCAUGAAUGCUUGAAACGAGCUCAAUGAAUUAUUUAUGCCUGAAUAAAACUGAUAAUGCUCCGUUGACAUCUUGAUUUAAAUUUCGUAUAUUUGGAUUUUAAUUGUAAAUUAAUCGAAUAUUAAUAAAUUAGUAACAUUGUAUUUUUAUCAGUAACUGAACAUCACGUAAUCUUGUAUUCAUACAAGGUAUGUUACAAGUAGGUGUGUUAUACCUAUUAAAGGUAUACUAGUAGAAAGUAUAUAUUGUUUUAUUCUAUGUUAUUGGUAUAAUUUCUUUGAAUUAGUAAAACAAAAUUAUUAUGAAUAACACAUCACCGAUCUGUUUUAUUUUCCCGCCAAUUUAAAAGUUUCAGUAAACAAUGCACGAUUCUAAAUAAAAUCAUAAAGUUAUUUUACUUAUGUAUAGUAUUAAACUGCGAACUGUAAUCGUUACUUCGCAAGUUUGAUAAUAUUUUAUAGGUAGGUACUGUUACUAAUUCAAUUUCAACCAAUUUCAGAUGAAUGUGAGGGUGACGACAAUGGACGCCGAACUGGAGUUUGCUAUCCAGCAAACUACCACCGGCAAACAGCUAUUUGACCAGGUAGUAAAAACCAUUGGCCUGAGGGAGGUAUGGUUUUUCGGCCUACAGUAUACAGACAACAAAGGUGAUAUGACCUGGAUCAAACUAUAUAAAAAGGUACCUAUUAUUAUAUACCUUUACACAUUUUUUAAACAUGAAUAUAUAGUGUUAAUGUAUUACGAGAUGGUAUUAUUGUAAAACCCCUAAUGGUAUUUCAAUAAUUGAAGCGUAGGUAAGUCAUAUUAUUUGAAUUCGUUUUACCAUGGGGACAAGUUUUGGAUAUUAUAUUGUCAAUUUUUGUGUAGUUUUUCUUGCGUGUUUGUGGCCGAAUUACUCCAUACAAAUUCUCUAUUAGCAUUUUCGAAAACUCGUACUAUGCGUGACUAAUGCGUUAGUGCCAAAGUCACAGUUUAAUGUCAUCAAACAAUUAGGUUAUGCAAAUCCAUGAAUACCCAGUUUAUAGACUUGUACAAGCAAACAUCUCCGUUAAUCACUAUUUAAACACACGCACACUCAAGAUAAUAAUUAAUGUACUUUUGACAUUGUUUAUGGAAUAUAUUUUAUACCUAACUAUUUACGUAGGUACUCGUACCUAUAAGAUAUUGCCGAGUAGCACAAUAAUUGAACGUAUAUCGUCUUUAAAAUAAUUUACCAACUUGUUGAUUUUGUAUUACAUACCUGCUUGGAAGGCAGGGUGCAACCGCCAACAAGUGGGUGCGCUUUUUGAAACUAGUAUUCAAACGGUAAUACCUAAUACAUAUAGAAAAUACUACCAUUUUAAUUUGAGAUCAUUGAUGAUUAUAUUAUAAAUAGGUAAAUUAUUAGGAUUAAGUGUAUAUGCGUUAGAAAGGUAUGGUUUACAACCGUGUUUUUAUAUUUUGCAUAAAUAAAUGUAAUUUAAUAUUAUGUUUCUUCGUAGUCAUAAUAUAAGAAAAUGUUGAUGUGUAUAGUUUUUAUUUUCCCGGAAAUUCAUUGAAAAAUUGUACGAGGUCAAAAAUCAAAAUUGCACAACAAACCAUCAAAUUAAUUAUCUACUUUUUUUUAUUAAAAUGUUUGCGUGCUCAAUGGUUGGAAAUGUUAGAUUUUUUUUAUAUUACGAAAUAACAAUUCCGUGUGCUUUAUACAUGUUACGGCUAUUUCAUCAAAAUAUUACCUUUAAUGGAUGUUUGGUUUUUCAUUUUUUCUUUAGGUAUUCACACUCCGUGACUUUCGUUAUUAAUUAAAAAAGCCCGGUUUAACCGGAUGUAUCCAUUUUAAUUGACGGCUAAACGCCGAUUUCUCUCUGAAUUAUUGUCACUAGUUUCUAUUUACUGCUAAUAUAGUAUACCUAACGGGUAAACUACUACAUUUGUACAUUUUGUGUACAUAAUAUAUUUCAAUUAGAAAAAAUAUGUGGAUAUUCAAUUAUUUUUAAUGAUAUUUUUGGACUAUAAUCGGGUUGAUAUAUACCUACAAGUUUCGGUCUUACAUUUCGUAAAACUUUUAAUUAAUAUAAUGUGAAUAACGAAUAUCUAUUCGAAUUUAUUUUUAUCAUCGAUCAAUUAUUCCGAUAGCAUUUCACGGGCAUUUAAAAAUUACUAAGUGUUGAACGUUUUGAUAUUUGGCCUUGUCUUUCGGACACACCGUAUUAUACUACUUUCUAAAACGAAGAUACAUCAUUGUGUCAAGGUCACGCACAAAACUAUAUAGCAAAUCGUGUAUGGUUCGUACUACUAAUCAUUCUGAUUGACGGCGUAUAAGAAGAAAUACAUAAAUAAGAAAACAUAUGUACAAUUAUUGACUGCGAGACGUUUUUGAUAAUACGUAUUAAUAAGCUUAUGAUUGAUAAGACGUUGUUAUCAGCUAUCAACAAAACUAGAUAAUUUAUAACUAAAUAAAUACCUAUCACGAAUAAAGAUACCAGUUACCCAAAGAUACUAGUAGAGCACGCAGUUUUUUUUUUAGGGUGAGUUUAUAAUAAUUUCCUAGAGAGAAGAUAAUUAAUAUUAUAAGUACAGUACUAUUACUAAUAUUACUGAAUAAAUGAUUUUUGAUGAAAUAAAAUUUUUUUUUUAUUCUGUAACAUUCGAUUUUAUGUUGUUGAAUUUAAAACUUGAUUUAAAAAUAUGUAGUGAAGAAAGACAUUUCGGGGAGGUUGACGUCCCCUCCCCGUGUGCGUCACUGAACGAGACCACUUCUAUUUUUGACUGAUAGGAAAAGUAUUACAGUGUUCACUUAAUUAAUAGUAAAAUAAACUGACGCGUUUGAUGAAUCCCGAAACCUUAAUUCAUGGUAAUAAUAUAGUGCCACUUGUUUUUUCUUAUCAACUCUUUAUCGAAGAUCACGGAUAUAGACUAUUAGAUAUCCUUACUUGCAUAUAAAUAAUAGAUUACUAACUAGUGAUAAGACAGAAUUAUCUGGCAUUUUGAAUAAGUUUAAUUACAGAUAUCUAUAAUAUGUAUAGUAUAUUAGUAUAGAUAUCUCUGAGUCAAAUGAAUUAAAAAUUGCACCCACUAAAUCAUAGAUUAUAUGAUUGAGUAGAUUUAGCAUUGGAUAUUAUCUAUACAUGUAUUAAAACAUGACUAAAAUACUGUUACUUUUUUAGGGUAAUAAUACUUUUUAUUCUUUAAUAUUAUUAGUAUUAUAUAUUUACAGAACUAAAAUUAGCCUUAUCAUCAACUCUUUUUCUGAAUGUUAUAGAUGAGUGGUUCUUAAUUUUCUUAAGACCACGACCCAAAUUUUCUCCCGAAAACCUAUCAUGACUCAUAUUGUUUCACUUUUCAAUUAGUAGUUUAUGAAAACAACUGGGAAAAUCAAAAAAUUUCCUCCUUAAAGUACCACCCCAGUAAGAUUUCCUUUCGGUAAAAGUGCCACAUUUGAAAAUUGAAGCAAAAUUGCUGGUAUAAAACAUGUUCACAGAUAAAAAAAAAAUAUCAUUAGUUUUACAAUGAUUCCUUGUCAGCCCAGAAUCUAAAAACAUAAAUUUCUUGGAAUCUAUAUGAUCCAAAACAAUUUUAGUGACCCACCAAAUAUUGACUCAUUACUUACCAAGUGGGUCGUGAAUCACAGUUUUGAGAAACCCUGGUAUAGAUUGUUGGUAGUGUAUUGUUGUGCAUAGCUAAUGGGAAAGGGCCCUGGGGCAGUUGAGAAACUAGGCCCUUAACUAAUACAAUCUUUAUAAUGGUUCGAAAUUUACCAACAUGUAAAUUGUUAUUUCAAGUGUAAAUACUUUCUAUGGAACCAUAAAUAACACAAAAUCAUUAAAUUGAUCAUCAUUACAAUUUUAAAUUAAAUUGACAAAAAUAAAUCAUAAACAAAAUUGUUAAAUAAUAUAAUGAAUUUGUUAUCUUCACUAAAAAAGAUAUUGUUUAAACAUUUUAAUUUUAUCUACAUCUGUAAUAAAUUGUGUUAUCAAAAUUAUGACAUCAUUAGAUAAAUAACCUACUAUACCCUCCGUUCCAUAUAAGAGCGCACCGCUCAGCACAUCCAAAUGUAUCACGGAGCGAUGUCCUGUCUCCUUAUCCGAGUCUAUUCGCUCCACGAUUGGCUGCCGUUAGUUGGCUGUGCAAGUUUUGACAGAUUAUCAUCUGCAUGUGUGUUCUUAUUUGGAACGAAGUAUAGUAAUGGCUGAUAUGUGUCUUUUCAAACGUUUAUAUGGUAGGUAUAGGGAACGUAGUAAUCUAGUUAUGUUAUUUAUAUCUGUGUUUAAGACACUUCGUGAACUCAUUUUAUGUUCUUAUAUCAUAGCCUGUUCCGUAACCAGUAAAUCUUUAAUUAUGCUAAAUUUGUAUGUAAUUUUUAAAGUCAUGUCACAUGGUAUUCAUCGAAACUGCCAUAAAUGCAAAAUACAGCACAUUUUCACUACUAUUAACCAUAGACCUACUUGCCAUGCAGCGGUUCAGACAAUACUCCACAAGUGAAUUUGAAAUUUUUUGAUUGAUGGAUGGUGUCACACAUUGUACUAGUGUGUUUUUGCUAUUAUUGAAUCGCUGUGAUAAUUUAUCACAUUUAUAAACUAUUGCUCGAAUAUGGAAAUUAUAGUUUUUUGUAUUCUUGAAUUCAUUUUUGAUAAUUGAAAUGAUAAAUUAUCUAUAGACAUUUUUCAAGUGAAUUUGAUUAUCAUGAAUAUUCUUCGUUUGAUAAUUCGAAUAGGUUCAUGAUUACAGAUUAUUUGUUACUUUCUAAUAAUCUUGAUAAUUAAAAAUUAAAAAUGUAUAAAAUUUAGAGCAAUAAGAAAAUGUAUUGUCAAGCAAAGUGCUAUCACUGUAUAUCGGAAUGAAAUUUCUAGUAGAAAAGUUGUUUACAGGAAAACAAAGGCCUUAAAAAUUGUUUAGCUGAUAUCUAUAUUCUGUAUAUUUUUCCUGGUGUUUCCCAUUAUUGGAAAAAAAAAAAUGAAAAUCUAUGUUAUACCACUAAAAUCUUCACUACAUUCAAAAUCUAAAAAUAUUUAAAAAUGUAUAAAAAAAAAAAAAAUUUUAAAAAAAUUUCUCUUCCCCCCCCCUCUACGGGUCAAACAUUUUUUUUUUUUAAUCAUUUCAAGUGACUUUUUCUUAGAUUAUUGUAAAACUUGAGGCCCUUGGAUUUGUUUGUAGAUAUUAAUAUAAUAAAUUGUUAAAUAUACAUACUAUAAUAAAAUAAUUACAUAUUACAUUUUUAGUUAGUUUUGAUAUAAAUUUCAUUCAUGAUUCCCUAUUUGUCAUCUAAAAGUUCAAAUACUUUAUUACUUUUCAUGAAACAGCCAGAAAAUAUUUGCAAAAGGCUAUGGGAUUUAUGGAAUACCAGGAAAACUUUUGUUGAAGAAUCAAUUGAUUAUUUUGAUCCAAGACAUAAAUAUUGGUCACAGGUAUUAAAGGUUGUCAUACAUUCGUUUUAACACACUGUGUGUUAGUUUUAUUUUGAUCAAUCCAAUAUCAUCCAUACAUUUGUGUAGCUUAUAUUCACCUUAAUACCCACCAACAUGUAUAUAUAUAAUGUUAUUAUAUUAUAUUUAUAUGUUUGUAUUUAUAUAUUUUAUUAUGUUAUUUUUUUGCAUAUAUAUGUAUUUCUAUGCAGUCAUUCUAAUUUUCCAACUGACCAUUUGUAUUGUUAGUGUCCUUCGUUACACAAUUGCUGACAUUAUAAUAAUGAGUUUACCCACAUUGUUUAAUUUGUUUUUAUGGUUUUCCAUCAUAUAUAUAUUUGUGUUAUACAAGUGAAUAUUGUUAAUAUUAUAUUCAUGCAGUUUCCUAUUAUACCUGUGUAAUUUGUAUUAUUAGUAUAGUAAAACCUUAAAGCUUUGCAUAAACAAUUAAAUUCAAUCAACACAUACAUUUUGUAGACUCUAUAGUAAUGUGUGUAUUUGUAUAUCAGAUACGUAUAGAAAAAAUAUUAAAUUUGUAUAAACAAAUAUUUAAAUUCUAAGAAACUAUAAAUUAUGAAUAAAUACAAUAUUGUUAAACAAAUUAUAUUUAGAUUUGUUGGUAAUUUGAUGAAUAAAAAGUAAAAACUACAAAAUUUAAAUGUUAUAAUAUAUUUUGAACAUUAUAUAAAAGUAAAAUUGAAUUACCUAGAAUAAAUGAAUAUUAAUUAAAAAAAUAUAUAAACCGAGGUUGAAAAACUGGUUUUGUUUUGAGUAAUGACUAAUGAUAUAUUUUUUUCAAUAAUGAUGAUACUUAUACAGAUAUCAUCUGGUUUCAUUGACCAUUUCUACUUUCUUUUUAUCAUAAUAACAAUAAAGUUUAUUAUACAAUUUUGAUUUGUAUACAAUUAAUUUACAUUUUCAAAAGAUAUGUAACUAAGAAGUUGCUAAGAAUUUUUUUUGAAACUUGGUUACAUAUAAAAAAAAUAUUAUAUUUUGUCCUUAUAUAGAGGUUACAAUCUCGACCUUCAUUAUCAUUUUCUCAAUUUUAAUUGCAGCCAUAGCAUGUGAUGGAAAAACACUUAUGUUUCCUAAGAAAUGUAUGUUUGAGAUUUGUGUAUGCUUAAAAUAUACCUUUUUUUUAUUCACGUCAUUAUUUCAUAGCAUAAAUUCUUUACAAGGUCAAUAGUAAAAUAAUGUUGGAUUUAGAACGAAGGUUUUUCAAAUUUUUACCUGAUUGUCAAUUAUGAUUUAUGAUAAUUAUUUACGACAUUUUUAUGUUUUUAGCAAUUAGUCACAUAGCAACAAUUUGAUAAAGAUGCAGGUACUAAAAUUUUUAACACAACACUGCUUUGUUUUUUUAGAUAUUUAUUACUUAUUUGGUGAUUAAAAAAAGUUCUAAAUUUUUUUAUUAUUUUAUAUUAUUAUAGAAUAUAGAGUAUUGUAGAAUGUAUAACCAUAUUAUAAUAUAUUAUAGGCAAUUUUUAUAAACAUUUGUUCUGUACCUAAUUAAUUGUUGCGUUUGUAACUUCCUAAUUUUUACAAUUUGGAUAAUAAUAUAUUGAAGUUCUAUAUACAUAAUUCAAUCAUUAAUUGAAUAAUUGAAUUAGUCUUUCGAAAAGGCCAUUUCUCCAAAAUAUCUUUAUCAGUAAUAUUAUUCGUUAAGAUUGUAUUAUCAACUGGUUUAUUGUCCAGCUAUUAUUGAUAACAGUUAAUUAUUAACUGUAAUCAAAUUACAAUUUAUAAUUUGAUUGAAAAACCAAGUUUGGUUAUAUUUAUCUUAGUUUUAUUAUUAAUAAUAAUAAACGAUUUUUUACAUUUCCUGAAAAUUUUUAUUUUUAGAUGAAAUAGCCCAUUUCAAAAUGAUUGAUUCAAUUCAUAUUGAUUUAAAGAUUUUUAUUUGGCAUGCCAUUACCUUUAAAUAUUAUUAAAAAAUUAUACAAAUAAUUAUAAAUGUUAAAAAACUAAUCCCAUCAACAACAAAAUCAUUUGGUUGUCACUAUUUUAGGAGUUUUAAUUGAUUUAAAAUAAUAAUUGGUUUAUUAAUAUAUAAAGAUCUUACCCGCUUAGAAAGAUUUAUCAUUAUUAUUAAAAUGUUAUAAAUGUAAUUUUUUUUUUUUAUUAUUUAAACUUUUUUAAGAAUAUAGUUUAAUUAUUUUAGCGUAGAGUACUAAUUAUUUACUCUUGAAAUUAUUAAAUUUCGUCUACAUUCUUUUCUGAGUAAAUCUAAGGUACACAGAAAGUGCUGUCACUUCUAAAAUAAAAGAUUAUCAUAUUUUUUUUUUUUAAUCUCAUGUUUGGUGCUGAAAUUUUUAAUUUAUAAAUGACACAACCUAUUAAAAAUUCCAUACGUUUUGCAAAACAAUAUUAUUUUUUUUAUAGAGCCCCAAGUUACUGGCUGGUUUGAAGGGAUAUAUCAAGGACCAUUAAGCUUCAUUUAUGUGGCGAAUACUUGAAUCUUAUAAUUAUGAAAUAAUGAAUAUUAAUUGCCAUUUGAUAAUCAAAAGUUAACAAACAAUAUUAAGUAUAAUAUACAAUUUAUUUUCUUAAAUUUCGAUACAAGUUAUUAUUUCAAAUUUCAGAGAUAAUAUUAGUUAGUGUUGUAGUAUGUGUUCAACAGUUAAUUGUUUUUCUAGUGUAAUUUAUGACAAUUUUACAACUUACAUUAUUAUACUCAAUUUUAAUUUGCACAUUACUUGAUUGUUUAUCAAAUAAAUGUUUUAAACUGUUUUUGUUAAUUUUUAUUUUCAUUUAUAAAUUCAUUAUUUCAGGUCAUGAGUCAAGAUGUUAAGAAAGAAAAUCCAUUACAGUUCAAGUUUCGAGCCAAAUUUUAUCCAGAAGAUGUUGCAGAAGAACUUAUACAAGAUAUAACUUUGAGAUUAUUCUAUUUACAGGUAAAUAUUUUGGACCACCUUAGUUAAGUACUUCAUAAUUUGAGACACAUAAAUGUAAUUUGUUUUAAAAUAUAUAGGGAGUUUAAAAAUAUUAUAGAAUAUGUUUACAUAUACAUAAUUUAAAUUCCACUCCUUGUUUAUACAUUUUUUCAACCAACAACAUUCGCUUUUUAUUAUUUUGUAUUCUUAUUAUUAGUUCUUGGAACUCUUUUAUAUAAUAUGUUUAACUUUUGUAUACUAUCAAGUGUUAAUAGGUUACUUAAUACAUAAAAGCAUUCUUACCACUGAAAUAUAUAAUAAUAAAUUCAAAAUGUAUGGUCUUACAUUAUUACCAUAUUCAAAUUAGUAUUUACCAAAAUCCAGAUACCUAGGUUGGAUUAUGUUUUAUUGAUUUAAUUUUCUUUUUCCAAUAGCUGUACAUUUCUAACUACCAAUUUUGUAUAGACCCAACCUUAGUUAUCUUUUUUUUAAGAGCUUUCUGAUUAAAAUAAUAAUUUUAAAAAUUUGAAUUAUGAUACAUAUGCUUGAAUAAAUUGAGUAGCAUUACAAAUAUUAGUAUAUUUAAUCUGGGUUUGUUACGAAUGUUGUCAGAAAUGAAUAGUGAACAAAUAAUAUAUUAUUAUAAUGUCUGUGUAUACACAAAUAGAUUAUUCAAUUUCUUAGCAUUCAAGAAAUAUUACCAUACCAUAUUAUAACUUUUUCUUGUCAAAUUCGACUACACAAUGUCAAUUAACAGUAGUACUAAGUACAAACAUAAGUUAAAACUUGAAUUCUAAAAUACAAAAAAAAAAAAAUUGCAGAUGUAUGUUCCAAAUUUUGAACUGCUACUAGUAAAUAGCAGUUUAGUGCAUUCGUUAGUUUGCUUUCUACAUUAUUGAAAACUGAGUUUGAGGUGCAAUUGCUAGGUCGUCUGCGUAAAAAAAGUGUUUUGUGUCUCGGAGUUGUAUAUAAGUUAAAAAGCAUUUGGACUAGUAUGCUACCCAUUUUAUUCGCCAUUUUUUUUAGUUCUCCAUCCAUUUCAUUUAUCGUUUAACUUCACCUUUAAUCAAAGGUUUUGUGUAAGGUUUAGCAGCGACAUUCUUGCGAGUUCUGUGUAUGAUUGAGUUUCCACUGAGCUUUUUUAUUAAACAUCAAGUUUUCUUGCUGUUAUCUGUACUUUUGAUAGCAUCAUUCUCUUAGUUAGCAUUUUUGAAAUUAAAUUUCUUUAUCGUUUUAGUCCCAAUAACUUUGUUUAUUUGUAGUUUUAAUACUUUAUGUUGUGUUCUUGGUAUGGAGGUGCGAAAUAUCAUUGUUAGCUUAUAUUAUUAUUUACAAAGAUUAGAUCCAGAAUGUAUCCCAUUUUCCAUCGCCCGCUAUAGAAUGAAUUUGGAAUCUUAGGUUCAUGAAUUAAAUCAAGUAGCUCUAAUUUAGUUCAUACUUGAACAUUUUUACCAUUUUGAUUAUCUUGAUCUUCCAACUACUAUUUGUGUAGGGCUAUUCAUUAAAUUAGAUGGUUUUUUAGUGGUAAAAUCUUAAUGUUAUUUUUGUAGCUGAAAGCUACACUUUUUACAACUAGGCCCAUCCUAGUGAAUAUUGUACUUCAGUUUGCUAUUUCAAUAAUCAGGUUUAUUCUCGGUAUAUUUGGACUGCCAUAAGUCUCAUUCUUUAUUUAUCAUAUUUUAAUAAUGAAUGGGUUCUGAUAGAAAAACUAUAGAACAAUUUGUUUGGCUUUAAUUUCUUAUAAGUUAUGUACAGAGUUUUUUAUUUAAGAAAAUACACUCAUUAACUUGGAAAGUAUUAACUUUAUUAGAUUCUAAGUGGAGUGAAGAAGCUUUUGGUUUUACAGAUUUUUUCUGUGGACAACUUUCUAAAAGCAAUUUUACAACAACUUUUAAUGAAAUAAAUUUUUCUAAAAGGUAAUUUCACUGGGGAGGUAUUUUCUAGAUGUCGUUUUUCAAUUUUCCCCCCUAAGUUUUCUCAAUAAAUGGAAAAAAACAUGAGAAAAACAUAGGAAAUUGAUACGACAUUAAACAAAUAUUAUUAAAGAAAAUAUAUAGAGCCUAUUUAAUUGUUUUACUAAAUUAUGGUAUAUAUAUAUUAUAUAUAUAUUGUUGACAAAGCAUCACUAUCAACUGAACUCCGCUCAGAAUUUUUUUAUUGUAAGCAAUGGUUUAUCGUUGCUUACAGGUAAACAUUAAAUUACCUAUAACAGUGGCUAGGCUCAUCUCCAUUAUCCUAGGAUAUCUUUUUUUAAAUUUGUUUAAUAGAACAUUUAAGAAAUAAGCAGUUCUAUAAUUUUACAUUUACAUUAUUUUUUGUCAUCUUCAUUUGUUGGGGGUGAAACUAUCCUACUUUAGAUUUUAAAGUGGCAACCUAUAUUGCAAAGUUAAUACUUUUUAAGAUUAUGAGUGUCUUCACUUAUAUAAAAUACUGUAUAGAUUGUUAAUUGUUGAAUAGAAAAAAAAUGUCAUGAAAAAUAAUUUUGUAAUUUUAUUUUAUCUUAAUUUAAAAUUUUUAAGAAAUAUUGAACUUUGAUUGAAAUUUCUUAGAAAUCUAUUAAAGUUUAAACCACUAGACUAUAUUUGAAAAAAAAAAAAAUUAGAAUUUUUUCCCUCGGGAAAUUUUAUAAUAUUCCUUUCAAAAAAUGUUUUAUUGCUAAAAAUUAAAUAAUAAUACCUAUUGCCUUAAAAAAUCAUUUUUAGAAGAUAAAUUCCAUAAUGAACUAAUUAUGAUGUUUACAAUGCACUUGCUUCAAAUUAAUCUAGGUGAGACAAAAACGUUUGAGUAUAUGAGUAAACUCUUAGCUUAGCAUGCACUUGCAUAUUGAGUUCUCUUUAUCUCAUCUCAUGGUCUUUGACUUGUGCACAAAAAGCCGAAAUGAUUCAGAGUGUCAAUACCAGACAAUACACUCACAAUGUAUCAGUAAGAGUAUACUCUCAGCAUUAAAAAUAUUGCUUAUCCAAUCCAAUCAAAUUAAUUGUCUUAUAUUAUAAUAUUUUUUGUAGUAGUCACAUCUUAAGGUUGUUAAAUUACUGACUCAAAUAAUAUAUUAUAAAUAAUUUUAUAAAUAUUUAAAACUAUAUUUUAGAAUAUGUAAAACAAAUAAUAUAGGGUGUUACAGACUAUAAUUAUAUUGUGUAUUUGGUAUAUAUAGUGAUGUAAAAAUACUUUUAAUAAUAUAACAUUUAUUAAAUUUUGUAUUAUACAAGUAUUAUUUGCUUUAAUACAGUAUAAUAUUGCAAUUUUAUUUUUUUUAAUAAUAAGUUAAAUUUUUAGUGAUUUUACAUAAAAAUAAUAAAUAAUAAGAUCAUACAUAAUAUUAGGGAUUAGCUAUGACCUAAACAUUUUAAUUCAAUACUGCACUGACUAAAAUAAUAAUCAAUUUUAAAUGAAAUAAUAUUAAAUUUCUAUGUAUUUUUUAAUUUUAGAUUUAGUAUAUUUUUUUUAAAGUUUCUUAAUAUUUUCUAAGGUUUUUUUAGCAUUAUUUAAAUAAUGUUGAUUGAAGUAUACAUAUAUGUUGAAGUAUCAUACAUUCUAGCAAUAUGGAUGAAAUAAUUAAAAUACAUUACAUUAGCUUAAUAUUUUGUUUUAGUUUUUAACUUAUUAAAUAUUUUAGGUGAAAAAUGCUAUUUUAUCUGACGAUAUUUACUGUCCAUCAGAAACGUCUGUGUUACUUGCUUCAUAUGCUGUUCAAGCCAGGCAUGGUGACUAUAAUAAACUCACUCAUACUCCCGGUUUUCUUACCAAUGAUCGUUUGUUACCACAACGGUAAUUUUUUUUAUAUAUUUACCUAUUAGUGAAUAUAUAUUUUAAGUAUCUGUAAUAUAUAAUUUUUAGUGUUAUGGAUCAACAUAAAAUGUCCCGUGAAGAAUGGGAGUCCAGCAUUACUACAUGGUGGCAUGAACACAGAGGCAUGUUACGUGAAGAUGCGAUGAUGGAAUAUUUAAAAAUUGCACAAGAUCUUGAAAUGUAUGGAGUUAACUAUUUUGAUAUUCUUAACAAAAAGGGAACUGAAUUAUUUUUAGGUGUUGAUGCUUUAGGCCUUAAUAUUUAUGAAAAAGAUGAUAAGUAAGGUUUUAAUAAUUUAAUAUUCAAUUGUAGUUUUAAAUAAUUUUAAUUUUAAUAUUAAUUAUUUUAGACUUACCCCAAAAAUUGGUUUCCCUUGGUCUGAAAUCCGUAAUAUUUCAUUCAAUGAUAGAAAAUUUAUCAUAAAACCUAUUGACAAGAAAGCUCCUGAUUUUGUGUUUUUUGCACCUCGUGUUCGUAUUAACAAACGUAUUCUUGCUCUUUGUAUGGGUAAUCAUGAAUUGUACAUGAGAAGACGCAAACCUGAUACAAUUGACGUACAACAAAUGAAAGCUCAAGCAAGAGAAGAAAAACUAGCUAAACAACAACAAAGGUAUUAAUAGACAUAAUAUAAAUUUUAGUUUGAAGUAUUUAUAAUUACUGAUUCAAUUAUUUUUAGAGAAAAACUUCAACUAGAAAUUGCAGCUAGAGAAAAAGCAGAAAAGAAACAUCAAGAAUAUGAAGAACGCUUAAAACAAAUGCAAGCAGAAAUUUCUAAACGUGAACAAGACUUACUCAGUGCACAAGUAAGCCUAUCUUAAAUUUAUCAUAUAUUCCAUGCGUAUAAAUAUAAAAAUUAAUUUAUUAACAAAUUUUAGGAUAUGAUUCGUCGUUUGGAGGAUCAAUUGAAUAAACUUCAAUUAGCCAAAGAAGAACUUGAGCAAAGACAAAAUGAACUUCAAAAAAUGAUGGAACGUUUAGAAGAAUCAAAGAAUAUGGAAGCAGUAGAAAGAGCCAAAUUAGAAGAAGAGAUCAAAGCUAAACAAGAAGAAGUCAUGCGUAUUCAGUCUGAAGUUGAAACUAAAGAUGAAGAAACACGACGUUUACAGGUCAGCAUAUUUAAUAUAUAUAUAGAGCAGCGGUUCCUAAACUUUUUCUAAGCUAUUUUUUAAGUAGAAAUUUCUCAUGGAACACCUAAGAAAAAUUUAAUAUUAAUUUUUAUCUGCCUGUGUUCUAUCUUCUAUGAAACGUAAUAAACACGAAUUGUUAAUACAGGAGUCAAAAUAAAAUUUUAUAACAAUAAAUGACAGAGUAAUUGUAUGAUAUUUUCUUAUCGGGAUUUUACCGGUACACAAAAUAUUGAUGAAUUAUGGCAUUAAAGUCUUCAUGAAAUCCACGGAGUACCAUUUGGGAACCACUGACAGAUUUAUAGUAGAUUUUAAAUGAUUGUAAAGAAAAAUAUGCUAUGGUUCAAUGUCUUAUCUUCCGUGAUAGUUAUAUCCUCAAAACUAUUAUCUCUUAUCCCUUUUUCGUAAACGUCCUCUGUUUUAUUUUAUUUCCCCUUAGAAUAAGGAUUCAUUAAUUAGUAUGAUACAUCCUGGUACUAUUAUUUUUUGAAGCUUAUUGAAUUGAAUUGUACUAAUUUUCCCAGUUCCCAAGUUUCAAGUAAAUAAAAUAAAAUAUAUAUUAGCACUCUGUUCACUACUAGAAACCAACUUUUUGAUUGCUUUUUAAUUUUUCCAUUAUUAUAUAAAAUAAUUAAUAAUAUUUUAGCUUUCUUGUGAAAUAUAACUUCUAAAAACUAACUAAAUUACAAUUUUUUCUUUUUAAAUUAUUAAAAUUUAGUUAUGUAUAGCAACAAAAUUAUAAGAAGUAAUUCUGAUGUCUUUUUAAAAUUGUGUUAUUUCAACAUUACUCUAAUUUAAUAUAGAAUAUCAUUGAAGAUAAAACAAUUUGAUAUUUUUAGUUACAAAUUGUAUGUUAAAUAUAAAAUCUGUGUGACAGAGAAUUUAUUAUUUGAUGAUAAAAUUGAAUUAUUAAAUUACAUUUUGUUUUAAUUACAAUUUGUUUAAUCAAAUUACUUUUUACUUAUACAUUGAGUGAAAAAAUUGUUUACGAUUCACAUUUUAGUAAAUAAUAUUUAUUUUUUUUUUUUCCCCAAUACCCUGUAGGUAAGUAUUUAAAAUAGUAUUCUAAAAUAUUGUUCUGAUAUAUUUUUGUAUAGGAGGGGAAAAAGUUAAAUUCAUUAAAACUUAGUUCAAUGUUGGCAAUGGUGAUAAAAAACAUAAAAUAAAAUAUUUUUUUAUGUGACUAAAAUUAAUAACUCAGUUAUGUUAAAUUUGUAUGAUAUGACUAAUACUUCACAGAGCAAGGCCAGUGUACUUAUUAAGUACCUAUGAAUAAUUUAUUAAUUCUCAACAAGCUUAUAAUCAAUAUAUGCAACUUGCUGAAUAAUCUUAGAUACCAAAUAGAAUACAAAAAUAUUGUAACUACCUUACACAGAUAUUAGUAAUUAAAGUGUUCUGAAUGUUUUAAGUUUAACUGAAAUUUAUAAUUUUUUUUAAUAAUUACAAAUAUGCACUGUUGCUCAUAUCAGUAAAAUCUAUGGUAAAACCAUACAUUUUUAUUUUAAAGGAAGAAGUUGAAGAAGCAAGACGUAAACAAGAAGAGGCUGCAGCUGCGGCACUUGCUGCUACUGCUACACCUAAGCAUCAUCAUGUGACUGAAGAUGAAAAUGAAAAUGAUGAUAACGAUGAAAUGGUCAAUGGCCAUGAAUCACAAGAUUUGGACACUGAUAUGGAUAUUGUUGAUCCAGUAGAAGAACGGCGUACACUCGCUGAACGCAAUGAAAGACUUCAAGAUCAAUUAAAGGUAAUGCAAUAAAAUUAAAUAAUAACUUAAUUUUAAUGGGUUUUUUUUUUCAUUCAUAUAAAGAUGUUAAAACAAGACUUGGCUCAAUCACGUGAUGAUACUAAGGAGACUGCAAUGGAUAAAAUUCAUCGUGAGAAUGUUCGCCAGGGACGAGAUAAAUACAAAACCUUGCGAGAAAUUAGAAAAGGCAAUACAAAGCGCCGAGUUGAUCAGUUUGAAAACAUGUAAACACAUGUUCAUUCUGUACAGGGUAAUUAAAAUAUGUAUGCAUUUAAGGCCUGUAAGUCCAUUAUGUAUCUAGAAUUAUAAGACCAUUUUAAUAUCUGGUCUGUAAUCAUGAAUAUUAUUAAAUUAUUAUUUAUUAAGGUUGUAAUAACAAAAAUGGUUGAACAAGUUAUGUAAAAUGUUUUUUUUUUUCUUUUUUUUUUUAAAUUUAGUUUAGUUUUUAUUAAAUUUAUUAUUUCUUUAAUUUUUAAGUACCUUUAUUUAUUUAAAUAUAAUUUUAUUGUUCUGCAUAAUAAUUGCUUAUAAUAAAAUUAUAUUUAUGUGCCCAGUAAAAAAAUGUAAUCAUGCACUUUGGCAAGACGUCAUAUUACUCAUUUUUAAACACUCCUUUCACAUUCCAAAAACAAAGGGAGGGGCACUUAAUUCUUUCUGCUCAAUAUCUUUGUCUUAAAAUAAAAACACGAACAAGCCUAACACUAUUUUAUUAUUAUUAUUAUUAUUAUAUUGUUAUACGAUUAUUAUCUUGAUUUAUUUAUUAUACAAUUUCUCUUAUUAUUAUUAUUAUUAACAUACAAAAGCUUUGAAACAAUUAUUAUUAUUAUUAUUAUUAUUAUUAUUAUUAUUAUUAUUAUUGAUUAUUAUUUUAUAAUAAUAAAUAAUUUUACUGUGUGGUCUUUAAAUAGGCCAGUAUUAUUUAUGCUGAAAAUUGAUUAAUGUAUACUCUAUUUUUUUUUUCUUUUUUCGUCAAGUUAGUAUACCACAUGUUUACUUAUUAAUUAUUAUUGUAAAAAUACAUAUUAAUAUUAAUAUAUAUUUUUUCAAAAAAUAAAUUUCCAAAGUAGAAUUUUA